AUGGAUACUCCUAAUGUCGAUAUAUUUCAAAACUUAGAUAUGCCUUUAUUGGAAGUAUUUCAAAGAGGUCAAAUAAAUCAAUAUUUAGAUACAUUAUCAACAAAUGAUAGAUUAGAAACAAUAGAAGCAAUUCAUAGAGUAAUGAGAAAUCAUAAUAAUCAAAGAAGACCACGAAGUGAUUCAAAUAUAACAUAUAUAAAUAAUUAUAUACGAAUACGAUGGUUUAAAUUUCUUCCCAUAAUAUUAUUAAAUUAUUCAAGGAUUUGGUCAAAUUUAACUAUUCAAAAUUUAAAACAUUAUCUUAAAUUAAGUAUCCUCAAAGUAUUUUAUAUAAUGGUUCAAAGUAUAAGAACUUUAUUUUUUUUAAUAAUGAUUCAACUGUAUUUUCAUGGUAUAAUGAAUAUGAUAUUUGCAUUUUGUGAUGUUUUAACAUUUAGUGAUAAUUUUUUAAAAGAUUUAAUUACAUUUAUUGUAAAUGAUAAUUUAAAUUUCUUGCAGAAACAUGAAAAAUUAAUGGAAAAUAAUGGUGAUUUAUUUUAUUUUAUGGAUAUAGAAUCAAAUAAGAAUUUAUCAAUUUUACAAAAUUUAAAAUUUUUCAUUAUAAAUUAUAUUGUUUCAAUGUUAUCAACAAAUUGUAUAAAAGAAUCAGAAUCAGAUAAUAAAAUUAAAUGUAUUCCAAUAAAAUCAACAUUAAUUUUCAAAAUAUUUGAUUCAAUUUCAAAUUCAUUUCCUCAAAUAACAAAUAAAUUAACAUUAAAAUAUUUAACAAUUUUCAUAUAUUUAACUUAUGCAAUGAUUGGUAAUGUUAUUUGUAUAAAUAUUUUAAUGUUUUUUAUUUAUAAUUUUAUGAAUAAAAUUUUAAGUUAUAAUCAAUUUUUAAAAAAUAUGAAAGAUGUUGUUAAGAAUACUUUUAUUCAAUAUUUAGCUUAG